AUGGAGUCAAGAGAAGGAGGGGAGAGGAGACGGGAGAAGAGGGUUGUGGACAGGUGGACCAGGAAAGGGCCUUUGCAGGAUCUCUAUUCCCAAGGGGCACUACUGAGCGAGGGCGGUUUCGGAUGCGUCUAUGAAGGCUUUCGGAAGGCAGAUGGAUUGCCGGUGGCCAUAAAAUAUGUAUCAAAAAUGCAAGCAAAGCAGACAAUAGAUAUGUAUCAUCCAACUUCAUGUCAACACCACCUCCCCCUACUACCAUCACAGGAUAGGCUCAUUCCUCGGGAGGUAGCACUGAUGAAGUUGGUAAACCCUGUGCCAGCCAGUCCUCACAUUGUGCAGCUCAUUGAGUGGUUUGACUUGUGCACUGAGUUUGCCAUAGUGCUCGAAAGGCCAUACCCCUGCCAGGACCUACUUGACUUUAUCACAGACCGGGGCUACAACUUGACUGAGGAUGAGGCUCGAAAAGUGAUGCUGCAGGUGUUGGAGGCUCUGAGGACCUGCCAGGACCGGGGUGUUGUCCACAGAGACUUAAAGCCUGACAACCUAUUGAUCCAAACCAACACACUGCAGGUCAAAUUAAUAGACUUUGGAUGUGCGACAUAUCUGAAGGACACACCUUACAAUGACUUUGAGGGGACAGAGAUAUACUUCCCCCCCGAAUGGUUUCUGCAGAAGCAAUACCUGGCAGGUCCAGCUACUGUCUGGUCUUUUGGGGUCACACUGUACACUGUGUUACACUCCCACCUGCCAUUCCCUGGCAGAGAUGAAAUUGUCAAACACAUUCUCGUCAUCCGGCCAGAGAUUUCAGAUACAUGUCGUCAUCUCAUUUUGUGGUGUCUGGAACCCCAAGCAGCAAAUCGCCCAACACUUGAGCAGAUGGAGCAUCAUCCAUGGUUCCACUAG